AUGAUAAGAUUCAGAAGACCCACCCGCUUGCCUUUAAGUCCAAACUGUGAGCACAGUUUUUACACUAAAGAGGAGCUAAAGCCUCACCUUCAGAGGCCACCCCAAGACCCCUGGGCACCAGGUGCGAAUGGUACACCUUUCAUAUCACGGUUACUGACUCUUGAAGAGCAGAGAGAGAAACUACUGGGGUAUAAAAGAAACCAGUUCAACCAGUUUGCCAGUGAUCGCAUCUCCCUACACCGUGACUUGGGUAGUGACACCAGGCACCCAGAGUGAGUACAUCCAGGAAAUGCUGCAUAUCUUUGUUUAUGGAAUUCACACUGCUAUUAACCCUUAAUUUGGCUCUGGCAGCUGCUUGAAACAGAAGUUUCCGCGUUGUCCCAGCCUCCCAACCACAAGUGUGAUCAUAGUGUUUUACAAUGAGGCCUGGUCCACCCUACUGAGGACAGUCUACAGUGUCUUGCAUACAGCUCCUGCAGCCGUGCUCACAGAGAUCUUACUGGUGGAUGAUGCCAGCACACACGGUGAAAUUCUCUACAGUGCUGCAUGUCAAGAUGGAUAGAAUCAUUACACAAUGUUCGCAUUUGUUUUUGUUGAUUUCUUCUUCUUUAGAUCAUCUUAAGACACAGCUAGAUGAAUAUGUGCAACAGCUGAAAAUAGUACGUGUUUUGCGGCAGAGGGAGAGGAAAGGCGUAACACCAGCUCGCCUUUUAGGAGCCAAAUCUGCCAGAGGAGAAGUCCUCACUUUCCUGGAUUCCCACUGUGUGUAACCAGUGAUAAGCUGUUUCUUUUCCACAAGAUUAACUAUGAAUGUUUAAACAAAUUAACAGCUAUAUGUGCCCCACAGGUGAAUGCUUCUCAGGAUGGCUGGAGCCUCUUCUAGCUCGGAUAGCAGAAGAGCCUACCGCUGUGGUGAGCCCACAUAUCACCAGUAUUGAUAAUAACAAUCUUCAGUUUAAAAAGCCAGACCCUCUACCUUAUGGAUACAAGCGUGGAGUUUUUGAUUGGCGGCUUAUAUUCAGAUGGGAGGUCAUUCCGGCAGAAGAGAGGAUGCGAAGGAAGAAUGAGACCGAUCCUGUUAGGUAUAUGAAUGAAAAUACACAAUUUAUUUUGGGCAACUAAAUAUGUGUGGGUUAUUGGGUUUCAUCAGAGAAACAAAAUCAGCCUGCUGUUUUUAAGAGUCCACAAAUCACAUCUUGUAAAUAUUUUUCCACUCAUAUAUCAAAAAAGACUUUUUUAGGGUGUUGUUGAUGUUUAGAUAACUAUAUUGGUAGCGCCAAAUUUACUUAUGAUCAUCCUGUCUGCUUUAGUGGGUCAUACAGAGGAAUCAAAAUCUGUUCCUUCCAAUCCAGUCCUUCUCAUUACCAGCUAAAACCUCCUUGAAGAAGCUUUGGAUGUCAGGUUGCCUCACAGUAUUUCAAAGAAAUUCAGUAUAAAAGCUUGCAUUUAAAAGGUUGGAAACACAUAUUUACCAAAAAAGCAGGUCAUGUUGGUUUAUUUAGAAAAAGGCAGAAAACCUAUAAGUGAUCAAAAUAUUUCAACCAGAGCCAAAUAAAUACUCAGUUUUUUGUGGUAUAUAGUUAUGUGUAAAUGUCCAAAUCAUGGUGCGAUUCACCCCAAAUUCCUGUUUUUGUCAUAGUUUAUAUUGUUGUAUUUUCUUUUUUAUUUCAUUUAAAAAACUUAACAGAAAUCUGUUGAUUUAUUUCUGAGAUUCUUAAGUAGUUAACAAACAAGUGAUCAGAUCUUGAUCUAUUUUCAGAACUCCUACCAUUGCUGGUGGGCUCUUCUCUGUAUCUAAAUCCUACUUUGAGCAUCUUGGGACUUAUGAUGACCAGAUGGAGUUCUGGGGUGGAGAGAACCUGGAAAUGUCUUUCAGGGUAAGAACUCUCAAGUCUUUUUCAUAAUAUGUUUCCUACAGUGCGAUCUGUUUUCAGGUUUACUUUGUGUUGUGUCCUCCUCCCUGUCACAGGUCUGGCAAUGUGGAGGUCAGCUUGAGAUUCUUCCUUGCUCAGUUGUUGGACACAUUUACCGCCCACUCAACCCCCACACCUUCUCCAACAGCACUACUGUAGUCACUCGAAACCUGGUGCGGCUGGCUGAGGUCUGGAUGGACGACUACAAAUGGGUCUUCUAUCGUACAAACAGAAAGGCAGCUUCCAUUUUUGAAGAGGUGAAUAUACAGUACAGUAUAAAAAUUCAGCCAUACUUUAUUUACUUUGCAUCAUGAAACUAUUUCAUUGAAUCUGUCUUUUCUUUUGAAAUCAUCCUUAAAGAAAUCUUUUGGCGAUGUGAAGGACCGUCAAGAUCUCAGGGAGAGAUUAAAGUGCAAGACCUUCAACUGGUACCUGAACAACAUUUACCCAGAGGCCUACAUUCCUGACAUCAGGCCUGUCAGAUAUGGACAGGUAAACUUAUGUAACUCCUGUAGCAUUUAUCUGCGGAAGAACAUCAAGACAGAGGUGUGAAAUUAUCUUUCUGUUUAAUAAUUUUUUCCUGCAGCUGGAAAACAUUGGUCAAGAUUGUGCCCUGGAUGCAGAGCUUACGUAUAACCCAUGGGAUCCGGUUCACAAUUUUGAAUGUAGCAGCGACAUUGAAACGCAGGUAUGCUAAAUCAGAUAUCCAUCAACCUGUGAGUCAGAGAAAUCCGUAUCACGCCUUUGCCUCUGUUGACUAAAUCAUACUUUCAAUUUACCUGUAAAAUGUCAGAGAUCCCUCAUGUUGGUAUGACCCACAAUGGAACAGAUUCUUGUGUUGGUUUAAAACAGACAUGGUUUUGGAAAUUUGCCAACAAAGCUGUCAAUCUGUCAUCUUUAUCACAUCUUAUUAUUGAAACCAAAAUUAACUCUUGAACAUGAAUCAAUAGUAGUGAUAUUUUUCCCUAUAAACUGAGUUACUAUGCCUGUUUCUUGCAGUAUUUUGAGCACACAUCACAGCAGGAGCUGAGGCUCAGCUCUGCCAUUGAUUUGUGUCUAAAUGUGAGCCCUGGGAGAACCUACGUGUCUCUUAAAUUCUGCCAACUGAAGGGGAAAGGAACCACAGCAGCCCCUGAGCAAAUGUGGAUCUACACAAAGGUACUUUCAAAAGAAUUUCUACAUCACCUUAAACUAUGGAGCAACAGCUGUCACAACACUGCAAGCCUCACAAGGAAAUGCUUCAUUUCUUUUUCCUCAUUUUCUUUUCUGUGUCACUCCUGCAACCCUCUAAAAUCAGCUUUACUAUUUGUAUUGUUGUUGUUUUCAGAGAACCCAGUUGAUGAACCCGCUAUCAGGAAAGUGUUUGACCGUCUCAGCGGGAAUGGUGCUUCUGAGCACUUGCAAAUCACGCAGCAAAAGCCUAAAGUGGAUCUUCAACUGA